GGGGGAGAGACGUCUCAAUUAGAGGAGCCAGUUCCCGCACAGCCUCCUCCCCCAGGCCGGACUCAUUGUUCAGGAGGGGCCGGACUAUGGGGCCGGUUUAAACUCAGCCUGGGCCGGCUCAUUCUCUUUCUCUCAUUCCCCACUUUGAUCUCCUUCUGGCAACAUCGCGUCACUGAGCCGGGGAGCUCAUAGAGAGAGAGAGAGGCUCCUGCAGGGAAGGGAGCGGAAAGACGCGCAAAGACGCACGGACAACAUGGAGCUUUUGUGCUGCGAGGUGGACACCAUCAGGAGGGCCCAUCUGGACAGGAACCUCAUCACGGACCGGGUGCUGCAGACAAUGCUCAAAGCAGAGGAGACCUCCUGCCCCAGCGUGUCCUAUUUCAAGUGCGUCCAGAAGGAGGUCCUGCCCAACAUGCGCAAAAUAGUGGCCACCUGGAUGCUGGAGGUGUGCGAGGAGCAGAAGUGCGAAGAGGAAGUUUUCCCCCUUGCUAUGAACUAUUUGGACCGAUUCCUGUCCGUGGAGCCCCUCCGGAAGAGCCGACUGCAGUUGCUGGGGGCCACUUGUAUGUUUUUGGCUUCUAAAAUGAAGGAAACGAUCCCACUGACCGCAGAGAAGCUUUGCAUUUACACGGACAAUUCCAUCAGGCCAGACGAGUUACUGCUAAUGGAACUGCUGAUUUUGAACAAACUGAAAUGGGACUUGGCAUCUGUGACCCCCCAUGACUUUAUUGAACAUUUUCUAAACAAAAUGCCACUGACUGAGGAUACCAAGCAGAUCAUCCGCAAACACGCCCAGACAUUUGUUGCCCUCUGCGCUACAGAUGUAAAGUUUAUCUCCAAUCCACCCUCCAUGAUCGCCGCCGGCAGUGUUGCAGCAGCUGUUCAGGGACUAAAUUUGGGAAACGCAGAUGGUGUCUUCUCCACCCAACGCCUCACACUUUUCCUAUCACAGGUCAUCAAAUGUGACCCGGACUGUUUACGGGCGUGCCAAGAACAGAUUGAGUCCCUCCUAGAGUCCAGUUUGCGCCAAGCACAACAGCAACACAACACUUCCUCAGACACAAAAAACAUGGAAGAAGAGGUGGAUAUCUCCUGCACCCCGACCGAUGUCCGAGACGUCAAUAUCUGACAUGGAACUGCUCACAGACGUUUUAUUUUGCUCGUACAUAUAUAUAUAUAUAUAUAUAUAUAUAUAUAUAUAUAUAUAUAUAUAUAUAUAAAGCUUUGGAGUGUGUUGGGAUAGAACUUGCGGAAGAGAACAAGGCCACGCCUUCCGGACACUUGUCACUUGCCAGGAGGAAAUUCUGCUUCGUGUGUCCCCGUUCAUCUCUAAAAGAAAAAAAAAAUACAAAUAAUUCCCAAAAACUUUUCGUACAACAAAAAAAAAAAAA